AUGGACGAGUGUGUGGCAGCUAAGGACCUAUUGGAAAGAUUGGCAAGACAGGGGCUACUGGACAAAUACAUCAGCUCCAGGAAUCAGAAGGAGACAACUGACAUGAACAAGCCAAAGUAUAGCUCGAAACACAGAGAAAAAGGAACAUGGCGGGACCCAGUAGAAACCCCCACCUCCAAAGGGAUCAUAAACUACAUCUCAGGAGGUUUCGCUGGAAGAGGAAUAACAAACACAUCAAGGAAGCGAAGUUACAGAGCCAUGAUGACAAUGGAAGGAACUCAGCAGAACUCUCCCAUUCCGACCUCCUCGGCCGACGUCAGUUUCAGUGCUUCUGACUUCAAAUCAAGAACCCCAAACUUAGACGACCCAGUAGUAAUCUCAUUAAGUAUGGGAGAACUGACUGUCAAAAAGGUGUUACUCGAUCCAGAAAGCAGUGCAGAUGUCUUGUUCUACUCCACGUUCAAAAAGAUGCAAUUAAGCGAUAAGUCACUACAGCUAUCAGCAGGAGAACUAGCAGGUUUCUCGGGCGAAAGAGUCCCCAUAUCAGGUUAUGUCUGGAUGAGGACGACAUUAGGAGAACACCCAAACUCCAAAAUACUGGACAUCCAAUUUCUAGAGGUCGACUGUGUUAGCCUUUACAAUAUCAUUUUGGGACGUCCAUCCCUUAACUCUUUCGGAGCCAUUGUUUCCACCAUUCAUUUGUGUGUCAAGUUCCCUUUGUAG